AUGAAAAAUUCAUACAGUUCAGAAAUGUUUAAUAUGUCAAACAAUCUAUUGAAAGAAAUCAUACACUACAUUGCAGCACCAUUAACAUAUUCUAUAAACCUGUGUCUCAUAGAAGGGGUUUUUCCUGAUGCUCUCAAACUAUCCAAGGUGACUCCUGUCUUUAAGAAGGCACUAGGAAAAGUCUUUGAAGGCAUAAUAUAUCAGCAGAUGUAUGAGUACCUAGAACUAAAUGAUAUGUUAAGUGCAUCUCAGUUUGCUUACAGAAAAGGAAGAUCAGUUAUACAUGCCAUAGAGCUCUUAGUCACAGACAUUUUAGUAGCAUUCGAGGACCAUGCUCAGACACAGGAAACAGGUGGUGAGUUCAGGAAGUCAUCUGUCAAACACACUCGAGGCUCAACAUGGAGUGCCGCAGGGAUCUAA